GUGUUGCCGUGCCGUUCGGAAGUUUGCUCACUGUCUGUCUGGUUGGUCUGUCACUCGUAUUUUUCUCACCCGUUGUUCGGUCGUGCGGGUUUUUUUCUUCUCAGCCGUGUUUUUGCUUCCGUAGACGGAUUUGUGAACAGUUUUUCCUGCCAAACUGCUGCGCCCUUUUCCCUUCAAGGUAAGAAGGAAGUUCCGAACCUCGGCGCUGUCCCAGCGGUGCAGUUUAGUUAAGGUUUUCCCCCGAAUUUCCAUUGCGUCGAGUGCUGCAGCAAUUUGUUCCUAAAAUCAAAAACAAAUGACCGGGACGGAAAAUAACGCGGUGAAAGCGGUUGAAUCCGCUUCGGAUGGAGAGGAUCAGGUGGUCGAGCUGCUGGACGAUCCGGCCUACAUGAGUUCGUCGUCACGCCGGAUGAUGAUGAAGGAGGUGAUAAAGGUUCUGCCGGAUAAUGUUCAACACCGGAUCAACGCUCUGAAACACCUUCAGAAAAAAUAUCUGCACCUAGAAUCCAAGUUCUUCGAAGAAGUGUAUGCCCUGGAGUGCAAAUACCAGGAACUGUACCAGCCGUUGGUUGAUCGCCGGAAGGCAGUCAUUACGGGUGAGUCGGAACUGGAGGACGGUGAAGCCGACUGGGAGGAUGAAAGUGAGGACGAGGACAACGAGGUCGAUACGAUCGUUACGGAGCGCUUUAAACGGAUGGCACUGAACUACAAGAAUCAGCACUCAAAGAUCAUCAAGGAGGGCCAGGGCAUCCCUGCCUUCUGGCUGACGGUGUUCAAGAACACCCAAACGAUGGCCGACAUGAUCCAGCCUCACGAUGAACCAGUACUGGAACAUCUAACCAACGUUAACAUCGUGUACAAGACCGAUCCGAUGAGCUACGUGCUGGAGUUCCACUUUUCGUCCAAUCCGUAUUUCAAAGAUGCGGUGCUUACCAAGCAGUACUUCAUGCGCUGCCAGGUCGACGAAGAGGAUCCCUUCAGCUUCGAGGGUCCCGAGAUCUACAAGUGCACCGGCUGCGCCAUCCAGUGGAACCCGAGCAAGAACGUAACGGUAAAGACGAUCAAAAAGCAGCAAAAGCACAAGCAGCGCGGUGUCAUUCGCACUCUAACCAAGACGCUGCCGAACGAUUCGUUCUUCAACUUCUUCAGCCCACCGGCAGUGCAAGAUGACGAGAAGAAUGUGGACGAUGAAACGCAGAUGCUACUGGCGUCAGACUUCGAGAUCGGACACUUCCUGCGGGCCAGGAUCAUCCCGAAGGCCAUCCUGUACUUCACCGGUGAGGUGGUCGACGAGGACGACGAUGGUGAAGAGGAAGAGGAAGAAGAAGAGGAGGAGGAAGAGGAAGGAAUGGAAGAGGAGGAAGGCGAGGAGGAAGAAGAUGAAGACCGACCUCCGGCGCCCAAAUCCCGGAAAGAACGUCGCGCUCCGGGAUUUAAAAAGGAUGAAAAACCGGUUCCUGCCGAGUGUCAACAGCAGUAGAGAUAAAAUACGCGCUAAACAUGCAAUAUUCUGUUCAUCAUCCUAUAUUUUGAAUAUUUUGUUUAAGCUGUCUUCUGUAAUCACACAUACUCACCUACGCAAGCAAACACUCAUUACGCACCUCAGUAUAUACGAGAGAAUGCAUGUUACAAUAAUGAUAAUAUAUUGAAUAUACACCACGGAUUUACUCACUCGCCGCUCCAGGUCGGUCAGCUCGGUGGACACGCCAAAAGCAUGAAGCGAACGAUCAGCUCCGCUGCUGACGGAAAAUGAUUCCUAACUAAUAAACGUUUUGGCAGGCGUUUCACUUUGGUUCUAAGAUUUUCGCCGCGAAAAAUCUCGAAAACGAAAAAACAAUGCAUAUUAAAACCAACCCUAGCCAGCCUUAUCAUCAUCUUAUUGCUGUCGUCUUUGUUUCUGUCUCUAAUAUUGGCAUCUCGAUAUUUUAAAUUCCAACAUUAAAAUAGAUGAAACGGUCUAUUAUGUUUCUUAGAAUUAUUAUUAUUUUCUAAUAAAAUUGUCAUGAAACAACUUGCACUUGCCUGGUAGUUAUUUCACCUCAAUCUUUUUCCUCUUCUGUUUGUUGGUUUUCGGUUUUUAUUUGGUCUGUUUUGCGCGAAACUUCAAUCUCGUUCGGCGUCCUUUUGGAGACGAUUUUAACUAUAGUUAUACAAUUAUUGAAAAGAAAAAAAAUCUUGGAAUUAAACCGAGAGCUAAAAAACACGCUUCAUUGUUGAAAACAAACGUAUUUAGAAGAAA